AUGCUGAUCUUGUUUUAUUUUAUUUUCUCUAGCUUGAUCCUCCCGCUUUUCAGCGAUUCAUAUCCGAGAGUACGAUAUGCGUCUUGUCAAUGCGUCGGCCAGCUCUGUACAGAUGUCGAGGUACUCAUCCAGGCGGAAUACCAUCAACAGCUUUUCUCAAUACUCAUCCUCACGCUCGAGGCUCCCGAGUCGAGAGUGCACGCCCACGCCGCAGCCGCCCUCAUCAACUCCUGCGAAGGAGUCGAGCGCGACACGCUCAUCGCGUACCUUGAUCCUAUCGUCGAGCGGCUCCUCAAACUUUUUAAACCUGCUGGCCUCUCUCCCGCGAAUGCAGAUGCGAAUGGGGCUGGGAACGAGAAUCCGACAGGCAUGAAGAGAUAUGUACAGGAGCCGGUGAUUACGACGUUGGUCAUGAUUGCGGAUGCGAGUGAGGAUACGUUCACGAAGGUGAGUUUUUCUUUGUUCCCCUUGCGUUUGUGGCUGGAGUUGAAGUCAUGUUAUUGA